UUUUGAAAUUCGGGCUGCAGCGGUCCCAGAUCCGAACAGCUCUCUGUCAGAUCAGAUCUGGGGUGGCAUCUCCCGGCGGGACCAAGGCCGAACCCGGGCCGAACCAGGGUCCGACCAGGGGGCUGACCCAGGCCGAACCCGGGCCGGACCACCGCAGAAUUGAAGCUGACCAUCUGACAAGAGGAAGCAGCAGAACCCAGGAUGAGCUUCCUGCACAGGCAGCUCAGUCAGCUGCGACCAGCAUGGAGGUGGAAGAAGGGGACGGAGCUGUCCAUCUGCUCCAACACCAGUUUCCCCUGCAAGACCUUCAGCUCAACGUCGUCAGAUCCAGACCCCAUAGAGGUCCACAAGAAGAAGCUUUUCCUGUGGUUCAACCACCUUCCAAAGGAGGAGAAGCAGUUCGGAGGCGUCUUCAGUCCGGAGACGAUGCACGUGGACCCACUGAUCCUGGAGAGGGGGGAGGAGGAGAAGGCCGGACUGCUGUCCUCCCCCUUCCACAGCCAGACUCUCCCCCGCCGUCCACUGAGCGUGGAUAAGCUGUUCGAGCCCACCGACACCUGGAGCGACGCUCUGGGACUCAACGUGCUGAUGUAUGGAGCUGUCGGAACCGGCAAGAGCACCGUGUUCCGGAAACUGGUGCUGGACUGGUGCUCUGAUAUUAGCCUGACCCAGUUCAAGCUGCUGAUUCCGUUCUCCUGUGAGAACCUCCGUCAGCUGUCAAAGGUGUCUUCUUUGAGGGACCUGGUGACCAGGAAGUAUCUGCAUCUGAAAAACCACCCCUCCCUCAGUGGGGAGGGUGACCAAGCCAAGGAUGUCCUCUUCCUCUUCAACGGGAUGGAGAAGAUGCAGUUAGACUUCCGCAUCGGAUCCACAGAGCUCUGUAGCGACCCCAACGCAGCGCUGCCUCCAGAUGUAAUCGUGGUGAACCUGCUGAGGAAAUAUCUGCUUCCUGAGGCCAGCGUCCUGGUGACCACCAGACUUUCUGCUGUGGAACGGAUCCCCCAGAAGUACGUGGGUCGGUACGCUCAGAUCUGCGGCUUCAACGACCCGGACCGCCAGCGCGCAUAUUUCACCAGCCGCCUGCUGCAGCAGACCGGGGAGCCCGUACGCAAGCAAGAGGCCCAGUCUCUGAUAGAGCUGCUUUUCCUGAACCUCCAGCGAGAGAGCCAGCUGGCCACCGCCUGUUUCCUCCCCUCGUACUGCUGGCUAACAUGCGCCACCCUCCACUUCCUCCAUUUCACCAACGCUCAGGCGCCCAUCCGCACGCUGACGGGCAUUUACACCAGCUUCCUGCGGAUGAACUUCGGAGGUGAAGUUGUGAGCAGAGGAGCUGGGGUGAACGUGUCCAAUCAGGAGCAGCACAGUUCACUGAUGCUGAAGGUGGUACGUACAGUGGGUAAACUAGCGUUUGACGGAGUGACGAACAAACGUACAUCCUUCUCAGAGAAGGAACUGGAGCAGUGGAUCGGUGGGAAGACCAAGACUGACGAGGAGCUCCAUCAGCUGGCCAUGUUCCAGACUGAUGUUCUGGACUUCUUCUUGGCUCCUUGUGUGGAAAGCAGGAAAUAUUUACCCAAGGAGUUCAGCGAGAACGAUGAAAGACGAUACGUGUUUGCCGUCCCAGCCAUGCAGGAGUACCUGGCUGCUCUUUACGUCGUUUUAGGAGAAAACAAGUCGGCUCUGGAGAAGCUGACCGGGCAGAUGUCCGUGGCCAUCGGUCAGGCAGGUGAGGACGUCGGUGCCCUCGUCAACAUUCUCUCCAAGUUCAUCCCCCUCCGCAUUUUCGCCGUCUUCAACCUCCUGAAACUCUUCCCAAAGUUCUAUGAGAAAAUAAGUAGUCGCAACAAAGGCAAGAUAGCCAGAACCAUGGCGGCUGAGAUGUUCCGCGUAGAGGACUUCGACAACGAGGAUGUCCUGGACCAAGUGGAGCAAAGCCUUCUGGGGGUUCACGGCCCCACACCGCAGCACCGCAGUGAAGACCAGCCGUUCGAGCUGUACCCCAUCUUCAUGGGGGGACUGCUGCACUAUGGUAACCGCGUCGUCCUGCAGCAGCUGGGCUGCAGCAUCCAGAGCAGCACCGUGGCCCAGAUCACCCGCGGCCUGAGGAACUACCUGGUCCGAGCGAUCAACAAGCCUCUGCCUCCAGAAGAGCUCAUGGACGUCCUGGUCCUGCUGUACGAGUUCCAGAACCCCCGGCUGACUGCAGAGGUUCUGAGCGCCAUCAGAAGCAUUAACCUCUCCAACAUUCGUAUGACGCCCCUCAAGUGCUUCAUUCUCAGCUCAGUUCUUUCAUGCGUCAGCACAAGCGACCACCUGGAGGACCUGGACCUGUCCUCCUGCAUGCUCAACCAUGACCUGCUGCAGAUGCUGUGGCCCGCCUUCAGACACACCCUCAAGCUCAAUCUGCAGUUUAACAGCCUCGGUCCUGAUUCCUGCAUCCUGCUGAGGGACCUGCUGCUGGAUCCCAAAGCUUCCAUCACGUCUCUACAGCUGUGUGACAAUCCCCUGCUGGAUUUGGGGUGCUCCACCCUGCUGGGGGCCCUGCCGGAGAACCGGACCCUGACCCACCUGUCCCUGAUGCACACGGGCCUGGGGGACGAGGGGGCCCUGGAGCUGGCCCGGAGGCUCCAGCAGCACGCGGGGCUGCAGGAGCUCAACGUGGCCUACAACAACAUCGGGGACAACGCGGCGCUGGCGCUGGUGGACGCCUGCAGGGAGCAUCCCAGCAUUCACACCGUCCACUUGUACCUGAACGCUCUCACCAACGUGGGGAAGCAGUCCCUGUACGUCCGGGGGGGUCCAAGCAGCAGCAGCAGGAAGGUCAGAGUUUUGGCUUCAGUCACCGAAGGCUCCGACAUCUCAGAGAACUGGCACCCCAUCCUGAGCGUGAUCCGGGAGAACGCCACGUCCUGGGACCACAAACGGGUCAAAGAGCAGCUGGAGGUCUUUCUCCGGGAUUUGGAGUGGGGCCGUCAGCAGCAGCCGAGCUUCUGGAAGAGGCUCCACUUCCGCAGGGUGGAGAAAGGAGUCCGGAAGACCUUAAAGAUGCUUGAGAAGGACACUGUGCCGCCCAGCAACAAGUAACCUCAAACACCGGCAGAAUUAAAAAGGAAAUGCAUUAUCAGCACCAUGGCCUGAACGAGACUGUGGCCUCACCGGUGCAAGAUCUCCAAGCAGCUGCAUGGAGCUCAUGGUGGUCAACAUCGUGUUCUUCAUGACUCAGCUGCUAGAAAACAGCUGGAGGACUUCCUGGUGUGCAGCACUGUCUCAUCAGAUUCAUGUGUCAUAUGACAUAGUAUUAAUACUCCUGAAAGCUUGAACUGACCCCGCUAACGCCUCCACAACAGCAGAUAGAAGCAUCACACAAUGGUCUCCCCAUCCCAGAACCAAGAUUUCCUUCUCAGCAGAACAGAGAGAAAGUGCCACGCCUUGAAAGAGGUUUUUACCAUUUCAUCAAAAGUACAAGCUCGUUUUGAAUUUCUUGGCGGCUACUCGUCUCUAGAACGUUGGUUCAGGGCGAUGAUUACUUCUGCGUAGCAUCUCCUCUUCUAGCAACUGUGCAUGGACAUCUGAAACUGGGCAGACCAGCCGGUGCAGCUGAUGGAGAGGGAGGUUGUCCCAGUCUGGUCUGAUGUGGGACCAGAGCUGCUUCCUGUCUUUGUACUCCAGAUGUGACAGCUGCUUAAAGGUCUGGACUGCAGGCAGACCGGUUCAGAACCUUGACCUGCUGUUGAUGGAUGCGGUAUGUGGUCCCACGUUGUCCAGUGUUGUCCAAAUUAAAAUGAAUCUGACCAAGAGAACUGGAUGUACAGGGACCUGGAUGAUGUCUGGAUCCAGUUCUAGUACAGUUGUCGCCAUGACACCAGUACUGAAGACAUUUUACAUAAACUAGAGUGAAGCACACGUUUCUGCAGAAUUAGGGGCGCGUUUUAUUGAGUGAAAGCUGCGCUACGUGUCUUUUCAUACCGUCUGCGGUUUGAAACAAGCGUGUUCCAGAGAAGGUGGUGGUUCUUCUGGACCACGUUCAUGUCUUCUUCUCUUUCAUGAAAUGGUAAAAUAUCUCCGCUUCAGCAUCAGACCACGCUGGACCACCUUCAGUGUGUUUCAGGCCGGGGUUCUGAAGUCCGGGAUGGAUCUGCGUUCGAUGCUCUUUUGUGAAUAAAAUCUAGAUUUAGGGGGUCGUGAAUCUCAGCGUUCUGGUUUUUUUUUAUGUUGUCCACCACGUCCCAACCUUUCAGAGCGGAGCGGAGCUCGUAGUUAAAGUGUGAUGUAAGUUCGUGUCCAAUUGUUCCUGGUUUUCUUCGUCAGCUGAAUGAACGUUGUCAUCCUGACGUGUCUUUCCAACAUUCAGCUGACGGCGCUUUCAAAGGCCGUAAAUCUGUUUCUUAACCCGUUUUUAAUGAAAAUGUUCUCUGCAUGAAUGUACUGUCACCGCAGAGCCUUAACACUUUAGGAGAGGGUUUUGUUGGUGACCUGGUUGUGAGAAGAGGCGCGAGCCCACAGAGAUCAUGUGUCCUACGUUUACUAAUGUUUGCUGGCUAAACCAUGAAAUAAAGACGUGACUGAUGAAACAUU